AUGUCCCGUUACACAGCUUUGAGUUGGCGUCUUGCUGCUGCUAAGUGGUAUGCAGUUUUACGCUCUGCAAGAGCUGUUGCGAAGCGCAUUGCGUUACACAACCCAGCAUACAAGUAUCGACGCCGCUAUUCUUGGCGUAACCCAGCAUUCAAAAUUGGCCAGCCACAAGUGUUUGAAAACCGAUAUUGGCCAAGAGUUUAUAACAGUUUAGAUAAAAUAACUGCUGAUUGUGCUUUGAAUAACAGAAAACGAACUGCUUUUAAUGAUAUAAACACCAAAAGCAAAUAUGAAAAUGAACCUAAACAGAUAUUUGAAGGAAGUGAAAUUUUUCAAAAGGAUUCAAAUGGCGCCCGGCCGUUCUCAAUUAUUAAAGACAAGCAACAGAAUAAUGGAAACUACGAUGAAUUAAUUGAAUGCAGAGUUCGUAAGCCAACUAAGAUCAUUCGUAAUUCUAACAUUAAACCUGAGAAAGAUCUAAGAGUGAGUGAAAUGGAUGUUUCUGAGAAAAAAACACAGAGUGGCGAAGGUUUAAUUGCAUCAAACGGAUUUCAAGCUUCAUAUGCCGGCACCAAGUCGUCAAACAAGGUCGCGAAACAAGUGAGUCGCGAAUUGGAACGCGAGCGUGCUUACGAUAUAACUCACUUGCAACAACAAGUACAAACAAAUGUUCCACUGUUGAAUGAACAGCAAAGCAGUGCUUACAAUCAGCUAAUCAAUGCUGUAGAUAGUGGAAACGGUGGCAUAUUUUUCCUCAAUGCGCCCGGCGGGACUGGCAAAACGUUGCUAUUGGCUUUAAUACUAGCAGCAAUACGUGGUCAAGGUGGUAUUGCAUUAGCUCUUGCAUCUACCGGGAUUUCUGCAACACUGUUAGAAGGUGGAAGAAUGGCACAUUCAGCAUUAAAGCUUCCAUUAAACUUGCAAAUACACGAAAGUCCUGUUUGCAAUAUUUCAAAGCAAUCAGCAAUGGCACAAGUUUUAAAAAAAUGUAAGUUAAUCAUAUGGGAUGAAAUCACAAUGGCCCACAAACGAUCAUUAGAAGCACUCGACCGAACACUGAGAGAUUUGCGCAACAAUAAUCGUUGUUUUGGAGGAGUGAUGAUAUUGCUGUCGGGCGACUUUAGAUAA